AUGAGCGAAUGUGGAGUCGACAAGCCACUUAACGACUGGUUCCGCGACUAUCUAACCGGGCGCUCAUAUCGUGUCAGGGUUGGAGAUGCGCUCAGCGCGAUGACGGCGGUACGCUGCGGGGUACCGCAGGGCUCGGGGUGUGGUCCCGUGAGCUACCUAAUGCACGUUAACAGCCUGUGUGGUGCACUGCAGCACUGCACAGCGCACAUGUUCGCGGAUGACCUCUGCAUGCUGCUCGCCGGCGCUGACCUGGCGGAACUCCUAUCUUUGGUACAAUGUGAUGUGGACGCGGUCGUUGAGUGGUCGCACGACAACGGAAUUCUAUUGAAUACCUCUAAAACUAAAUAUAUGUUAAUACACUCUCCCUAUAUUGAUCUUUCCAAACAACCAUCAGCAUUGCCUAUAACAGCUCAUUCUUAUUCCUGUAUUCAUAAUAAAAAUAUAUACUGUACUUGUGAACCCAUAGAACGUGUAAAUUAUAUAACCUACCUUGGAGUUAUUGUAGACGAUCGUUUUUCCUGGACACAACAUGUCAAUUACAUAUGCAGUGUCCCUCAAGGUUCCCACUUGGGCCCACUGUUCUUCCUAAUCUUCAUCAACGAUCUGGUUGAUAGGCUCUCUUGUCAUUGCUUACUGUAUGCGGAUGAUCUUAAAAUCUUCCAUAACGUUAACAACAUCCAGGACUGUAAGCUGCUUCAGCGGGAUCUUGAUGAAAUUGCAAUGGGCAAACCCGGAUUACUGGACGUAUAUAACUCCCAGAAGAAGUGCGAACCUUGA